AUCACCGUUACCAGGCCUUUGAAGUAAAAGAGUUACUGCCCUUGGGGAACUCUUUGCGAUGAAAAGAAGUUUUCAUUAACUUCCGGAUAUAUAUCGAGUCUGUCAAAUUUUUCAACAGGAUGGCUUUGACAGUAGAGAAACUGCUGAGUGAUGCCAGUUACCUCAUUAGUCGCCUCAAGGAACAUGACUCAUCAGCUGAUCUCCUCAUUGCCAAUGCCCAGGCACUGAAUAAACGUGUAGAUGCCAUGAAGCAGUACCAAGAUGACAUAACAGAGCUGAAUGAGAUCGCCAAACAUCGGCCCCGGUCAGCCCUGGUGCUGGGCAUAGCACAGGAGAACCGGCAGAUACGGGAGCUGCAGCAGGAAAACCGGGAGCUGCAGAUGUCCCUGGAGGAGCACCAGUCAGCUCUUGAGCUGAUCAUGCAGAAGUACAGGGAGCAGAUCAUGCAGCUCAUCCAGGGCAACAGAGUCGAGAAGCUCAUCUCGCAGAAGGGAGACAACUCGAAAGUAAGAAAGGAGGAAGUUGUGCAACUGCUGGACAAGAUUGAUGAAAUGGCCGCCGUGAUGCACAAGGCUGUAAAGAUAGAUGAUGAUUCCGUGAGCAAAGAACAGGAGCAGGUGAAACAGCUGCAGACCGAGAACAAGGCCCUGCGCGAGAUCCUAGAGGUCUGCACGACCUCAGGAGAUCGGAUUCUUAAGGAAAGGCCAAUGGAAGAUUCAGCUUGUCAAACUGGUGCUGAAUCCUGAUCAGUUGUCUCCCCUUGAUUUUUCUAUAAACAAAUAUGGCAUAAUAGGUGAUAGAUUAUUUGUGCCAAAACGAUUUGUUCCGACUUUGAGCAAGUGUAUUUAUUUCCUGACAUUGCAUGCCAAGUUUGCUAUUUAUACGAUCAAUAUGUAUCACCAUGCCAACAAUUGCAAUGAUGGAAAUACUGAGUGUGAUGGGGUAGGUGUGUAUCCAUUGCUAUAUAGGCCAGUAGGGAAGGGUGGGAUCUUUAGUGAUGGCAAGUGAAGCCCUGUGACCAGUGAGGCAAGGUGCUCGCUGAUGUGGAUGCUUUGACGCUAACUUGCUCGUAAUGCACUGAUCACAGCAAGUGUUUUCUUAUCUCUAGUGUCACUGUUACAAUUCAAAGCAGCAGUUUGGCAGUUUCUGCACUGGCUCAAAGAUAAGCUGUCAUAAUCGUGGAGCCCCCUUCCCACAAUUCUAAGUCCAGUGAAUGUGCCCCUCCUAACUUUGAAGAGUUCUGGAUUCCCCCGAUGCAGGUGGUAGGGGGUGUUCCCAUAGAGUAGGUGACCUGAGGGGUUUGGUGACCAAUCAGCUUGUCCCUUGAGUUAGCUAGGGGACCAUACGGACAUGUUUCCUGAGUGUGUGUGUGUGU